UUUACAUUUUCAGAAAGCAACCCACAGAUUCUUUGGCGGUUAAAAUUUCUUAAUUUCCCGCCAUUUUUUUUUCUAACUGUCAUUUUCAUCGCGAUUAAUCUAUGAUUUCCAAGUGUCGUCCCCCUUCAAUCUACACCGUUCAUUUCAAAAUUCCGUUAAUUUUACCGUUUGUACGAUCUUUCUCUAAUGCUGGGAAUUCAAGACUCGGUGUUUUGAUGCCUGAACAUGAGUCAACUCGUUCUUUUUGUUCUUUGGCGCUUAAAUUGUCUGCAAUUUAUGGGUAUUUUUGUGAAGUGAAGCAGAUUCAUUCACAUGUAAUAAAGUUAGGGUUUUAUAAAGGGUUGUAUAUGCAAAAUCAAAUUUUACAUGGUUAUGUGAAAUGUGGGGAGUUUUGUGAUGCUGUCAAACUGUUUGAUGAAAUGCCUGAGAGAAAUGUUGUGUCGUGGAAUACGAUGAUUAGUGGGGUUGUUUUCAGGGUGGGAUUGGGGUUUUGUUACUUUAGGAGAAUGUUGUUGGAAAUGGUGAGACCGGAUUCUACUACGAUGAAUGCCUUGAUUCGUUCGAAUGUUGUAUUGGGUGACCUUGCAAUUGGUAGACAGUUGCACGGUUUUGCUAAGAAAAUUGGAUUGAGUUUGGAUUGUUAUGUGGGUAGUGCCAUUGUUGAUCUAUAUGGAAGAUUCGGGUUAGUUAAUGAUGCGCGAUUUGUGUUUGAUGAGAUGGAGAUGAGGGACUUGGUUUCGUGGAAUGUGAUGGUUUCUGCAUACAAAAUGAAUGGUUUGGUGGAGGAAGCAAUCAGGGUUUUUAGAUCAAUGCAGGUAAAAGGAAUUCGAGGGGAUGAGUUUACUUUCACUAGUCUUUUGAGUGCUUGUAACUUGGGUGGAUGUCGUGAAUUAUGCAAACAAAUUCAGGGACUUGUUAUCAAAUUAUCAUUUGAUUUGGAUCUGCAAGUGGCUACUGCUCUUAUUGAUAUGUAUGUGAAGAAUGGAAGUGUAAAAGAUGCUAGAAAGCUGUUUGAUGGGAUGGUUUUCCGAAAUCUUGUUUCUUGGAACACAAUGAUUGUAGGUUAUGGACAGCAAGGUUAUGGUAAGGAGGCUAUGAAACUUUUCGCAGAAUUGUUCAGGAGAAAUAUUAAACCAGAUGAACUUACUUUAGCUAGCAUCGUUAGCUCAUGUGGCAAUCUAGCAGCCUUUAGUGAAACCACUCAAAUACAUGCUUAUGCUAUGAGUCUUGGGUUUGAUGGCUAUUUAUCAGUUGCUAAUUCUUUAAUAGUCGCAUACUCUAACUGUGGCAACCUAGCAAGUGCCUCUCUAUGUUUCACUUCCAUAUCAGAACCAGAUUUAAUUACUUGGACAUCAAUUAUCAGUGCUCAUGCAUUUCAUGGCCAUGCUGAGCAAAGCGUUGAGAUCUUUGAGAUGAUGCUAUCAAGUGGUCUAAGGCCGGAUAAUAUAUCCUUUCUUGGGAUACUUACAGCAUGCUGCCAUGGUGGUCUCAUAAGAGAGGGACUUGAUUACUUUAAAUUAAUGGCCACUGACUAUAAUAUUACACCAAGCUCAGAGCAUUAUGCUUGUCUUGUCGACCUCCUAGGGCGUGCUGGUCUCAUAGAAGAGGCUUCCAGCAUUUUGAGCACUAAAACUUUUUCCCUUGAGUUAAACGCACUAGGAGCAUUAGUUCGAGCCUUUAAAGCUCAUGGAUAUUUUAAAUUAGCAGAAUGGGCUGCUGGAAAGCUCUUUGAACUAGAGCCUAGAAACCCUGUAAAUUACACUCUUAUGUCAAACAUGUAUGCAUCUGUUGGCCAAUGGCAUGAUGCAGCCAGCGUUCGCAAGAUGAUGAAGCAGAAAUGUAAUCCUAAAUUACCUGGAUGUAGUUGGAUUUAAAAGUGCAGGAAAGGUUUUCACAUCUCUGCUGUUGAUACAUGAAGUGUACUAUGUCUAUAUGCUUGCCAUGUGGAGCCGAGCAGGCUAAUGAAAUAUGAUGCAAUUGUUGGUCUGCGCUUACGAGACAGGAGUCAUCUUUUUAUAUAAUGUUCAGGAAGCAGAAACCAAUCGUAAUUUCUUGCUUGGGCAGUAAGUCUGGACUCUGAAACUUCUCCAAGAUCUAAAUGAGAGACCAAAGUGUAUUAACGUAGUUUGAGGUAUGGACUCAUCAUAAUUUCAAACCUAAUUUGUUCUAUAUCUUAUUUCAUGUUGAUCUUGAUUAUUUACAUCUUCUAAGGAAUGAAUGAUACAUACAUACAUACAUACAUACAUACACAAGAUACCUAAAACAUGCAAGUUCUUAACAUCACUGAUAGUUUUACUGACUGAAUCACUAGUCCAUGACAAUAUAAAUUCUACAUAGUGUUGCUUGACUUCUUACAUCGACUAGCAUCCUAGUUUUUCUAUGUCUCAUCACCACGUUAGGAAAUAGAGUAUGGUUUUAAACAGCUGUGCACUUGUGGAAAAAUUGUGAAUUUCCAUAUGCUAUUAUACAAACACAAAGCCAAAUAAUACAAAUAUAUAGUAAGCCUGUUAAGGUAUUAGGCAGGUCCAGUAUAUUGGUAAAAACUUAGGCCUGCCUUCUCUGAAAUCCCUCCCUUACAUGACAAUAUUUACGAAAUGCAAAACCCAAUAUGAAUAAACAUGUUAGCCACCCAAUCUAGCAUGCAACUAUCAAAUUGACAAAUAAUAUUCUUAGAAACAGGUGUAAUAUUAGUUGAAGCUGGAUCAUGGAAGAAAGAAAAAUGCUUUCAUAGUUUUACUAUGAAGCACUAACUGAUGAUCAGUUAGCCAUUUAGCCGGACUCUAAAAAACCAUCAUUUCUGAGAUCUAUGUUCUGUCAUACUAGAUUUCUUACUACCUUUGGAGGGGGCUACUCUUCUUUUUUGUCGAUGGAGCCGCUUCCUGAUACUAUCCUAUUGACCUAUUCAUAUUAUUUUGCCUUUUUCUUAUUAUUGCGGUCUAUGAUUGCCUCUAUACAUGGUUUAAUGAGAAAGAGGACAUGAAUCAUCAAUGUGUACAUGAUGUGGACCUCAGAACUAAAUGCCAAGGUUUGCUGGGUAAUCACAUCAAAGUAAUUAUCUCAACUCAGAUCAUUACCCAUGGAAAGGAUCCAUGAAUUAACAAAUGUAAACUUUUUCUAUCUUUUUGAGUAGAUUGUGAGUCACCCUGCAUAACCAACACUGAUUUUUAACUGGUAACUAACUUGAUGGUAUAUAUCUCUCCCUUUUCUUUACUGUAUUUUUACUUGUCGUUGAUGCUACUAUAAUUAGUAAAAUAAACGGGUGAUAGUAUUAGUAAAACAUAAGUUAUUGUUCUUCUAAAUUUUUUUUACAGUUUAUUCUUGAUUGUUAUAAUGAGCAUGAUUGUUACUUUGUUAGUAUGAGUUCGUGACCAGUUACUGAUUAGAGUAUAAAUUAUGAAAACUGAUUUUGAUAUUGAAUACAUACUCGAAGUUAAUCCUUCGAAUAGUCAUAUAAAUAAUUUUACACGACAUAUUUCCUUUUUUGGGAUGAGAAUAAUACAUGUAUUAUGUAGCAUAAUGUUGCACAUUUAAUUAAUGACCACUAUUUCUGAUUCAUAAACUACUGUCUGUGAAUGAACAUGCCACCAAACUAUGUACGGAACAGUACAAAACCAUUAUAAAAUGGAACUGUAGCAGAUCUUUGCUAUGCUAACCUUGGAAUUUGACAUAAUCUUGCUUAAGUAUGCUUUUUUAGCGCGUUCUUGUUAUAUGGAGUACUUAAUUAAUAUGAGGGGUUGGUGGUGGGGGUUGGAUCUGACAAAUGAGCAGCUUGCCAAUGAAUUAUCUGCACAAUUUGAAGUUUUGAGAAGGAUCUGAAGUGCAUUAUAUGUUAUACUUAACGUGUACGGAAUAUUGAUAGAGAUGCUAAAAGCCUAAAACAUUACUUUAAAAAUAAUUACUGUAUACAGGCAAGAAAACUUGUUUUUUCAGUUCAUAUUAUUGUUUCAGUACAAUCCCUUUCUUGGUGGUCCAUUUAUGUUUUUUCUUUAGUCAUCUUUUUAGUCUAGUAAUCAGAUCAAAUCAUUACUCUCUAUUAUUAUUAAAAAGAAAAUUCAAAAAUAUAUUACAGCACUUUUCGAAAAUCUGUUGUAUCUUAAAAAGUCUGUUGGACAUCCUGAGAAUAUUUCAGGAAUAGUAGUAGGGUUAGUAGUGUUGCCAAAAAAAAAAGUGAGAAAAUUAUUUCAGAAAUAUUAGUAGGGUUAGAAGUGUUACAGUAGGGAUGCAAAUUGCAAUAGAGACAUUGAAAUUAUUUUAUAUCAUCAAUUACUCAUUAUUUUUGCCUAAGAAAUACUCACUUAAUGUGGCAAAUGAAAAGUACUAGGUUAUUUUACAAUGAGAUCUUAAUUUUGAAUGUUCUUAUCCUCAUGAUAUUGGCUAUAAGGCCGCUUUUAUCCAAAUAAAUAGAAAGAUACAAGAUAAGAUAAAGCGGUAAAAUAUACGUGGUUUUAUUCUUAACACGAUAAGAUAUAUGUCAUCUUAGCUACUUACACCUAAGUGAUUUUAGAGUGAGACUUAUAUAUACUUUGUAUAUACAGCUGAUUCGAUCUAGUAUAUCGAAAACAUAGGAAAUUAUGGUUUCCCUUGGCUUAUAAUUUAUACGGACUGGCAUUAUACCAGUCUUCUG